AAGAUGGUGGUCGAUUUUAUUGUUUCGGUCGAUUUUCACUAAAUAAUUGGUACUUUUAUCUAAAUCUAGGUGUCUUGUGGUAAAACGCAUGAUACUAGUCGAAAGAACAUAAUUCACUCCAUCUAGAAUACCCUAGUUGGUUCUGACUAUUGAGAGCUACAACCGCUUGAAAUAAUAAAUGAAAAACUGAGAAAUGCCAAUACCAAAGAAGGAUCCUCCUCUGGUGAAUGGUAUAUCUCCAAAGGAGGGCCCGCCAGGAACAAGGGUCACAAUCAGAGGAGAAAAUUUAGGGUUUGAACCAAAAGAUUUAAUUGGUCUGAGAAUUUGUGGUGUGGACUGUCUACUCUCUGCAGAAUGGAAAACCUCAUCGAAGAUAGUUGCCAGGACUGGCCCAGGCAAGGGGACAGGAGAUGUAAUUGUAGUGACCAUGUCAGGGGGUAUUGGUACCUGUCUGGUCGGAUUCAGGGGAUAUUUUGUACAAACAGGUCCUUUACAAGAGUCUGCUGUCUGGAUAGAUGAGUCGGCUACUGUGCAUCCUUCAUUGAAUAAGAACAGACCGUCAUCUCCAAUCCUGAAGACACAGGAGGACCCCCUUGGCAUAUCAGAUGAGGGAAAUCAGGGGAAGUAUGGAGAGGAGGACCUGCUGGACUUGUUCCCUGAAGGAUCUGGCAAUGUUACCCUGGAGAACUUCGAUCCUGCUUGGUUUUUGCUGGAAAAUCAUCAUGCCACAAGGUUCCAGAAUCUCAAGGAUGGCCUGGCCUUUCUGCGAUUGAAGUCGGCGGAGAGAUCGGAGGGGCCUUUAUCUUUUGUGAAAGCUAACCUAACCACAUUUCUCGAAUGUCAGGAGUCAUUAGAAGGAAUGCAUCAGAAGCUGCUGGAAGAUGAAACAAGUCAGAAAGGUGCAUCAUUGACAGAUCAGCUAGACCGUGUCCUACAAGAGAGUGACAACUGUGCUAACGCCCUCUUCAUGGAUGUCCUGGGGAGGAAGGACCGAGCAGACGCCACGAGGAACGCACUGAGCGUGCUCAGCAGAUUCAAGUUCCUGUUUAACUUGCCAUGUAACAUCGAAAGAAACAUUAAAAAGGGUGACUAUGAUCUAGUCAUCAAUGAUUACGCACGAGCAAAGUCACUGUUUGGGAGUACUGAGGUCCAGGUCUUCAGGAAAGUGUACACGGAAGUUGAACAGAGGAUCUCGGCAUUCCGUGGCACGCUCCACAAGAAGCUGCUGCAGCUUCCAUCCACUUUGGAUGAACAGAAAAAGUUAAUCAGGUACCUUGUUAACCUGGAGCUACAGGGCGACCCAGCCUGGGAGUGUCUAGUCAACCAACAGAAAUGGCUCAUCACCUUGAUGAGUAACUGUAAGGAUGAGCAUUUGGCUGCAGUUGCAGAAUCAGCUAGUCAUGACGGCCAGCUCAACUCAGACAAUGAGAUCUACCGAAGUGAAUACCAUAACUCGCCAUCUGUCAGUGUCAGCCCACCGCCUGGCAGUUAUCACACCCUUCCUAAAUCAGUCAUGCGUCGUAUUGGUAUUACCCGGACUUCCGAGAGUGAUUCAGCAGACACUAAUGGUGCCACCAACCAGACGAAUGCGCAGAGUGUCAAACAUCCCCAGAAGGUUCAGUUUGUGGAGGAGCUGACAGCCAUUCUCACAGACAGCCUACCAGACCUGUGGAGGCUUGGACAGGCUUACUUUGCUGGCCAACUAUUCAUUAAAGAGUCCGGAGAAAAAGCCAUGACAAUCAACACAUCAAAACAUGCCCAGUUCAAGACCAUGAUAUCAGAAGUGAUCAACUUAUUCUCCAACCUGCUGAGAGCUGCUUUUCUCCCAGACACACUUGAAAGUUUAGAGAGAAAGGAACGUAAGAACUAUGGUCACUGGCCUGAUCCCAGGAUAGACAUUCCAGGAGCUUGGUUACCACACUGCGUUAGAUAUGUCAGAUCUUGUGUGAUGUCGCUGGCUACUGUUGAUGUGAUGGGAGACUGUGUUGAGCUUCUUCAAGAGCUCGCCUUUGAUAUGAGGACACACUGCAUGUCAACACUACUCAAACAGGCAGUGGAUGACAUUCACAAUCUACACACAAGAGAAACCUGGGUGGUCGAGGUCAGUGAUGAAUAUGGGGGCACAACUCAAUUGCCGAUCUUGUUCGAGAAUGUUAUCAAUGAGACCAUCCAGCAUCUCCACGAGGUAGUGAUGAAGAUCAAACAAGGCGAGACAGAGAUCUUCAGCCUUCGUCUUGUGCAGAAAGAAGCCAACUCGCUGGUCAUCCAACUGCUCCAGGCAUUCCAGUUGUGUCUAGAGGAUUUGGCAUUCCAUGGCAUCGCAGCACCAAAACAUUCAAAAAGGAAGGGUAAAUCAUCUCCUGGGGGUGUUAAGGAUGCAAAGGGUGAUUCGAUCCCACCCCUGGACCGUCGACUCAUCAUCAUGCUCAGCAACACCAACAACACCAUAGAACGAGUUAUACCGAGACUUAUAGAGAACUUUGAAAAGCAUGGCUACCCAGAGACGAACAAAGCCUUAUCGUCCGCCCAAUUGGCAUAUCAAAAACUGGAUGACAAACUAUUUGAUGCAUAUGUAGAGGAGAAGGCAAACCCUAUCAUCGGUGUCCUUGAACCGAACAUGUAUGCUGGGAAGUUUGACUGGAAAAACUGUUCAAAACCAACAGGCGUACGUAACUACAUCAAAGAAGCUCUGAUGGGACUGAUAGCAGUUCAUGCCGAGGUCGUCUCCAUCUCGCCAGCCUUCGUGACUCGGGUCAUGCACAAGGUCAUCGAGUCCGUCGCUGAUGAGCUUGCCAGGUUGUUCCAGUGUGUGACGGCCUUUAGUAAUUACGGUGCUGUCCAGGCUCGACUGGAGUUAUACUCGCUACAAGAUGCCGUGGAUAUCUACAUCACUGACAAAUCCAGGAGUUCAUUCCAAGAUGCACUGGAGUGUGUUCAGGAGGUCACCAUAGCUGACGAUAGAAAGUUGCUGGAGGAACUCUUGAACAGCUACAAGGCAAAGAUGCGCUUCCAUCUGCUGUCUCUGAGAAUAGAACCAAAAGAGGGUGCAUCAGAGGCAUGAUCAAAAAACUAUGACUUUGUUUUCGAAUUGGAUGUUCAAGGUGCUGUGCCCUUUAAGACUGAUGUGCAAUAUUCUGGAGUUUCCUUGUUGCAGACAGCAGGGAUAGGUGAUAAGAUUGAUAAAGUCGCACUUCUAUGACUAGUGUAGCUAGAGGAUUUAACUAUUGACUUCAUACUGUAUAAAUAGCGAUAAGUUGCCACUGCAUAUCCGGGGUCCUGUCAGCUUCAUUUUGCAAUAGUUAUCUCAAUUUUUUUUGAAAUGGCUUGCAACUGAACUCCUUGUAUCUAAAUAUUGGAGAAAUGAAUAUGUGGGAUUCCCAAGCGAUGUUUCGUCUUGUUAUAAAUGGCUUUGCUUAUAGGGCCUAAUGUACUAUGUCUGUACAUGUAUAUGUACCAUGUGGUUCUAUGUUUUGUGACAAUACAUAUAUCCGAAAUA